UUUUUUCUCCGGUUUAUCUUUUCCCUGUUUUGGAGAUUCUCACCCUGUCUUGCUUUUGGGUUGACUGUUGUUUUGUUCACCGGAGAAUAAACUUUAUUAUUCGUAUUCUGCUCUCUGCGCCUGAUUCCACCCACCUUGACCAGACGUGACAUUAUCAUUUUUUGGCGUCAAAUUAAUCUUGUUUUUAAGGUUCGAUUCCAUAUUUGAAAAGUUUCUGUGCAUGUUUGUCAGGCGGUGGCUGGGCUCAAUGGCAUGCAACUGGGUGACAAAAAGCUCAUCGUCCAGAGAGCAAGUGUGGGAGCCAAAAACGCUAAUCCGACUGCCAUUAUCGAGACCCCGGUGACGCUGCAGGUGCCUGGGCUGCAGGGACUUCAGAACUCUGGGCUGCCCACGGAGGUGCUGUGCCUGCUCAACAUGGUGAUGCCUGAGGAGCUGGUGGAUGACGAGGACUACGAGGAGAUCCUGGAGGACAUCAGUGAGGAGUGCUGCAAGUACGGCAGCGUGCGCUCCAUCGAGAUUCCCCGGCCUGUCGAAGGAGUGGAGGUCCCUGGCUGUGGCAAGAUCUUUGUGGAGUACGUUUCUACUGCAGACUGUCAGAAAGCCAUGCAGGCCCUCACUGGCCGCAAGUUUGCCAACAGAGUGGUGGUAACCAAAUACUAUGAUCCAGACAUGUAUCACAGACAGGUGUUCUCAGGGUAGAGGGGGAAACAGGAGGCAAUACAUGGAAUUAACUGGGACCUCCUCUUUCCUGCUUCCUCAAACCUGGUUUCAGCUCUUCAGUAUCGUGUGUUCUGUCUCCAGUAUUCACAGCAAGUACAUUGUAAACCUAUCCUCAUUUAGUACAGAUUUUUGGGAAAAAAUACUAGAUUUUUACAUGCGUAUUUUAGAUACUCUAACUGAUAUAUUACACCAACAAAAAAUAUCUGUGUGCAGUGAAUGAGCUUAGUCUGAAAUGUGUACAAAUAAAUAAAACCAUGCUAUUUGUGUAGGAUUCCCUUUGCCGAAGUAGUAUGAAUGUCAUGUGUGCUUAGAUCUAAAACCAGACUGUAACAUAGCCAGUGUUGCUGUCUUUCUUAACUCUGUAGUCAAUGAGAUGAUACAAAAGUGAAAUGUUUAGAUUUCUAUUCUGAGCACAAGCUGUUUUCUUAUUUUGUCUCUUAACUUAAAUAAUUGUUAAGUCGAGAUGAACCUAUAUUUGAUAGCUAUCAUACUUUCACUGUGUGAUUCUGAGAAGUAACUAACAGUGAAAUGUUGUUGUAUUACCCCUCCCCCAGAGUCAGAUGAACUUGUGAAUACCAUGUUUAUGUCUCUGCAUCCAGUAUGAAGGAAGUUAGAGGUCGUUUCACGAGCCAAGUACCAUAGACUCCCAGACAUUGAGCUAACGCUAGUUAGAAACUUCCUUCAAACUGCAUGUAGAGACAUAAAAAUGGUUUCCACUGGUUCAUCUCACUCUAGGGAAGUAGAAAACAAAAUCCUGAAGUUUAAAACUCAAACACCUAAAACUAGUUAGAAAAACACUCUCAACACUAAUAAUUACAAACAGUGAACAAAACAAUUGUUUCAACAAAGUCAUGAUUUGGGCAUUUUCACAGCGGUUUAAACUCAGAACCUUGAAAUUUGCAGAUUGUUUUGUGUUCGUGCUCUGGAUUAAGAAUUUGUGUCAUUUAGAUUGUAGCAUAAAAUGACAAGGUCACAAAAAUAUCAUACUGGCAAUAGAAAUGGAUAUUAUGCAUAGUUUUUUGCAUAAGAAAUAUUUGGUCAUCCGACAGGAAAGGAUGAGGAGAUUUUAGAAGAUGUGCUUUCAAUUUAUGUAAAUAAUGUAUGUAGCUAAUGUAUAUCCUGUGUUUUUGUUAUCUGAUGCUUUCGCAAUUGUAUGGAAGAAAAUUGGUUAAUUUAUUUUUACCCUAAGUUUUCUUAAGCUUCAUGAAAAUUGCAGACGUGAGUUGAUCCAACAUUGUCAUCGUAUGACAGUAAUUCAUAUCAUUCAUCAUUACAGUGAGACUACCGUUGAGUGUUUUAUUAUGUACUGUAUAUCACAUACGAUUACAACAAAAACAGUAUGCUUCAUUAUGGUUACAUUGGAAAUCAGCUUUCAACUAAAUAAAUGCAGUUCAUUGAUUCAAAAUAAUUAUAAAUACUGUUUUUUGUAAAUGUGGUUUUGAAUGUACCAAAUCUGAAAGCAUUUUUAUGUACACAUCUAACCUGCCACUGUCAAGCCUAAUCAAAUGUUAUUUGUCACAUACACAUGGUUAGCACAUAUUAAACGAAA